AUGUUGGAUUCGUCGUCUGUAGAAAUUUUCAACGCUCUUACAGCGUACCUGCCAUGGAUCGUGGCGGGAGGACUCGUCCUUUAUCUUGCCUCAGCUUAUGCUAGGCUACGCCGUAUCCGCGGACCGUUCUUUGCCUCAAUUUCGAAUAUCCCACGCUUCUACUGGGUCUGGAGUAGACGGGCACACGAUAUCCACAUCGACCUGCACCGGAAGUAUGGCAAGUUGGUGCGUUUUGGGCCGAAUAUGGUUUCAGUCGGGGAUCCUAAGGAGGCUCCCGUUAUCUACGGAUUCAGUGGAAAGUAUAAGAAGUCCAAAUUCUACCAAGUCAUCCUCCCCAUGUCCAAAGGAAAGAUCCUCCCCGGGCUGUUCGCUACACAAGAUGAGGACAUCCACCGCAUGCUCAAGAAGCCCAUUGCCAGUAUAUAUUCCAUGAGCAAUCUCGUCUCCUUCGAGCCAUUCGUAGACCAGACCAUCCGCUGUUUUUUUGACCAGUUAGACCUCCGAUUCGCUAACCAGGGCCGACCCCUAGACUUUGGGAUGUGGUUGCAAAUGUUCGCCUUUGAUGUUGUGGGGGAGAUCACAUUCUCUCAGCGACUGGGUUUCCUUGAGAAGGGAGAGGAUAUUGAUAAUAUCAUGGGAGAUAUCUGGAAGUAUUUCCAGUAUGUGGCGCCGGUCGGCCAAAUGCCGUGGAUCGAUGAAUUCUGGGUUAAGAAUCCGUGGAUUUCUCGCCUGCGCAAAGCCUCGUGGUCUGCGAUGGGUGACUUUGCCGCAACCAGACAGAAUGAGCGGAUGAAGUUGAUGAACAGCCCAUCCGGUGAGGCGAAGAAUCUGAAUGACCGAGAUUUCUUGUCCCGAUUCAUUGACGCGAUGGCGAAGGAUAAGAGUGUACCGCAAUGGGCACUCCUGGCAUGGACGCAGUCAAACAUCACAGCUGGCAGUGACACAACAGCCAUCAUGCUUCGAACCAUCUUCUACAACCUGCUUCAAAACCCAGAAACCAUGACCAAACUGAUGGAUGAACUGCGAACAGCAGCCAAGACUGGAUCCCUCUCUCCCAUCGUAACAUGGAAGCAAAGCCGGCAACUUGCGUAUCUCGACGCCUGCAUCAAAGAGGCAGGCCGAAUCCAUCCGCCCUUCGGUCUUCCUUUGGAAAGAGUUGUCCCAGAGGGUGGAGUGGAAAUCUGCGGCGAAUUCCUGCCCGAGGGAACCAUUGUGGGUAUGAAUGCGUGGGUCGUGCACCGUGACGAAGAGACCUUCGGUGCAGACGCCGAUUAUUGGAAACCUGAACGAUGGCUGGGGAAGGAUGAGGUUGCUGUGAAGAAGAUGGAGAACAGCUUGUUGACGUUUGGCCACGGCCAUCGAUCGUGCAUUGGGAAGAAUAUCUCGCACUUGGAGGUUUAUAAGCUGGUGCCGACGUUGCUGCAAGCUUAUGAGAUUGAGCUUGAGAAUCCUGGUAGCAAGUGGAGAGUUGAGAACCGAUGGUUUGUGCCACAGUUUGACUUUAAUGUGAUCAUGAAGAGGAGGAGCCAGUGGCCGUAG